AUUUAGAGCUCAGCAGGCGGCCGGUGCGCCCGACGUCCACUUCUGUUCACUCCAUCUCGUCCAAGAAGCGAGCUACCCCGGGGAAGAUGCGCGUCGCGGGUCCGGACGGAGCAGACUGGAGCUAACGACAGAGUGAAAAAGUUACCGCUCGCUUGCUUGGUUGUACGCCGGUCAGGUGUGACCGUGUGAGGUCGUCCGGAGCUCGGACUGGAGCGGUUUUGUCUUCUUCGGACUACAGGUCGUCUAACUCCUGGAUUAUUUUUUUUCUCUUUUUACCCCCUCCCGGAGCCAUGUUGUGGACACGGUGGCUCGUGUUGCUGCUGUGCUGGUGGGGUUCCGCGAGCGGCCAUUAUCAGCAGCCGAAGCAGGGUGACUCGAGAGCGGACCCCCACCGGCAGCGCUCGGCACCGCCGGUGGAGCCGCUGGAUUUUGGCUUCGUCCCGGCGGCGGUGUACGACACGCACGCCUACUACGAGCCCGGGGCGAUGGGGAUACUCUUCCACAUGGUCCACGCUUUUCUCUUCGUGGUCCAGCCAAACUCCUUCCCCAAAGAUCUGAUUGUUAAAGUAAUUCAGCAAAAUAUGGGAGGAAUCAAACUUGAAGAAUGGAGAAAGCCAGACAACGUUGUCCUCCUGCUCGAGGGAUUCUACUAUGAGCUGGGCUUCCUGGUCUGCGCGACCAUCGGCCUCUUGUUCGUGGUCCUGGUCCCCGUGUUGGGCAUGUGCUUCUGUGUUUGUCGUUGCUGCGAGAAUUGCGGAGGAGAGAUGCACCAGAGACAGAGGAAGAACACCGACUGCCGACGAGGCUUCUUCACAGCCACGCUCAUCGUCACCACCAUUUUAAUUAUUUUGGGGGUGGUCGUGGCCCACGCGGCAAACCACAACAUGAGCUCUCACAUCAAGAGCACUCGGCGGUUCAUUAACACCAACAUCAGAGACUUGAAGACGUUCGCCAAUAACACGCCUGCGCAAAUCGAAUACAUGACAGCACAAUACACAACAGCCAAGAAUAAAGUCCUGUCCGAACUUGACAACAUUGGACCUUUGCUGGGUGGGAGGAUUCACAGUCAGCUGGAGAAGGAGGUCGUUCCCUCCCUGGACACGGCCCUGCGUAUGGCUGGAGUUAAAGUCGAGAAUGCAAUCAAAGCCAUGCGUGAGACCAAGGAGGCCCUGGAGAACGUCAGCUCUUCACUGCAGGUUCUCCAAGAAGGCACGGAUAGGCUCAAGGACAGUCUGUCCACAGAGCGAGCGUCGCUGUCCAACACUUUGUCAGACCCAGCCUGCACCAACGGUGCCGUGUCGCCAAGCUGCAACGCCAUUCGAUCCACCCUCUUCCAGCUGGGUAUCAAUGCUGACUUCUCAAAGCUCCCAGGUGUGGACUAUGCCUUGGAGAACGUCCACACGGUCCUGAAAACAGACCUCAGCAACAUUAUACAGAGGGGCUACUCGUCCUUCAAUGACACGCCGAGGCUGGUCAAAGAACAAACCAAAAACAUUGUAGCAGUGUUACCCCGGGUGAAAGGAAUGCUAGAUAAAAUCGGCUCAGAGAUCAACAACUUUGCCAAGAUGUUUCCAGUGGAGGCGUCGCUAGCCAACUUCACUAUAUUCCUCAGCCAGGGGCAGAAAAACAUUGAGUCCUACUAUGCCCAGAUUGACCAGAUCGACUUCUACAGGUGGAUUGGCUGCGUGGCGGUACUGUGCAUGGUGGUCCUCAUCCUGUCCUUCAACCUCCUGGGGCUGCUGUGCGGUACAUGCGGCUACGACAAGCAGGCCACGCCAACCACCCGCGGCUGCCUGUCCAACACUGGCGGGAACCUGCUCAUGGCCGGGGUGGGCUUCUCCUUCGUCUUCGCCUGGGUGCUGAUGGCCAUCGUCACCACGCUGUUCGUCGUCGGUGGCAAUGUGGAGAAGAUACUAUGUGAGCCACUGGCCAACCGGCAGCUGUUCCAGAUCAUAGACACGCCUUUCCUUGUCCAUCCGGCCAAGAAGAACUUCCUUCCUGGGAUGCUGUUUCAGAACCCGAACAUUGACUUAACACUGGGAAGCAUGUACAGGGAGUGCUACGAUAACAACGGCUUGUAUCAUGCUCUGCAGCUUGAGACCAUGUUCAACAUCAACUCCUUCCUCAACAGGACAGUGUACAAUAAGGACCUGGCCAAAGUAUUUGAGAGUGUGCAGGUGGACCUGCAGGACAUCACGCUGCUGGAGCACACGGGCAGAGACAACCUCAUCAACUUUGCCAACGCGGGCAUCGGAAUCAUCGACUACGAAGCAUACCUGGCUGAGGUGAAUAAGGGAGUCACACUUGUGGACCUUCUGACCUUCUCCACUGACCUGGAGGGCCAGGCUGACCAGCUUCCACGUGGCGCCCUGGAGAAUGCGCUGAAAGGUCAUGCCAGCAGCAUCCGACAGAUUCACAGAGAACUGGUGGUCCCCAUGGAGCAAGCCAUGAAAUAUGUCCGUGCCAGGAGCACCAUGAGUCAAAGUAUAAAGCAGCUGCAGAAAACCUCCAGUGACCUGCCGGUGAAGGUGACCAACAUCCUGAGCGCCAUUGACGCAGCAGAGUACCUCAUCAGUAACAACGCCUCACAUGUGGUGAACCAGGAGACCAAAAACUAUGCCCAAAGCUUGGUGGGAUACUUCAAACAGUACACAGACUGGGUUCACAACUCUCUGACUGCAGAAGUGGCUCAGUGUAAACCCAUCAGCAACAUUGUGGACAGCAUGGAGAUUGUAGCAUGCAGCUUCAUUGCAGACUCAGUGAAUACGUUCUGGUUCGGACUGGGACUCUGCAGCAUCGUCCUGCUCCCCAGUAUCAUCAUCUCCAUCAAACUGGCCAAAUACUACCGAAGAAUGGACACGGAAGACGUCUUUGAAGAUAGCUCCCCCUAUAGUGACACCCUGAUCCAAUUCCCUCGAGCCUCGGCUCCCCCAAUCUGCUCCGACUGCUGAUCCAAAAUGGAGGUCUCCCAUGUUGCGAGGUCGAAGAUCUGACAAGAAGCCAUGAGGAGAAGAAUCUUUACUUUGGAGGGGAUUUCAACAUCACUUGAGUCCCUACGCCGCCUUUUUGUGCACAAUGCUUGGAUAGAGUACAGUAGCUGUUUUAAAGUCUUUCGUUACUUCAUUAGAUUUGCUUGAGUGUGACGUCACACUUUGCAUUUUUAAAGAUAAAAUAUUGUGUCAAUGUUUGACCAAUUAGAAUAAAGUAAUACUGCAAGAUAAUACAGAUAAUAAUACAGUCUAUAUAAAAAGGGGAAAUAUGAGAAUUCGAUCAUGCUUUUUUAGAUAAAAGGUCAUAAUAUGAGAAUAUAGCUUGUUAUGCAAAAAAGGUGUAAUUUUACAGGAAUAAAGUUUUAAUAUGACGAGAAAAACUGCUUCACUGUGUUACAAAAAUCUUAAAUAUACAGUCAUUAUAUAUAUAUAUAUACAGGUAGUAACAAAAAAUAAUAUGACACGAAUUCUGAUUUUAUUAAAUUUUUUUCCAGGUCAUAAUAUUAGGCCAUUAUAUAUUCCGAGUCGUACGAAAAAGCAAAGCAUGGAAAGUUCAUCCCAACCAUGUUACCUGAACGGAGCUCUCAAGUAUGAUGUUGUGCCUGAGUUUUGUGCGACAUUUGCAUAUUUUCCCCAACAUUUUUUGGUAACAUUUUGAAUUGUACCACUUAAGAUGUUCCACAGCAAUUGCCAUAAUCAUAAGACACGCUUGCUUAUCGUUGGCAACUGCAUAUUUUAACUUUUUCGGAAAACAAGACCAACACAAUUUUUAGCAAGCAAAUGGGUAUUUUUUCAUGAUUUGGUAACAGUAAGUUAAACAUUUUGAAAUUAGGCCAACAUUAUUUUGAAAAAUGCACUUAGGAAACUUUAAGUAUUGUUAAAAAAGACGCUAACAAGUUUACUUUUUGUCGUUUCCCCACAGCGGACAAGAAAACUGGAACUGAAGCGUCCGUCAUCGUAAGUGCUCGUUUCAUCCCCUCACCCCGUCAAGACACACACAAAAAAAAGCAAACAAGAAAAGCCAUUCAUUAACUGUUGGUGAUUCCCGACGUCGCCCCUCAUUUUCCAGGAUAACCGGAUUUGCCGUUCACAUCUUCGGAUGAUACCAAAACCAAAAGGGAAAAAUGUCAUCAAACAAGCAGGAACUCCGAAAUUGCCAGCCAACUGUCAUGUAUUUAUUCAAAGUUAUCUUAGAAUAUUUUAAUUUACAUUCCCGCAGAGCUACUUCCAUCUGUAUACUGUCGGUCACAGGGAGACAACAUGUACAUUUUUUUAUAUAUAUUUGUUAAUGUUUGUUUUUCUAACAUACGUUUAGAAUUAAUUUUUGGGAAAUAGCCUUGUCAAUCAUGCUAGUAUGGUUUGUGCUCGAUAGGUUAUGUCGUGUUCUAUAAAAAACAAUAUAGUUUGACAAUUUGGGGAAUAUUAAAUUGUUGGUAUAUGACGGCAAUCAUCCAGCUCUAGCUUAGCAUAGUUUUUUGUCACGUAUCUCAGCAAUGGACGAUGAUAAAAGCCACCGAAGCACUUAAAAACCAAACAAACUAAUAUUAUAUUUAUGUAAAAAGAAUGCCAUCUUUUUUGACAAUCAAAACAAAAUACUUGACCUUUGGAAUUGAUCACAAGCAAAGUCGUAAUAUUACAAGAAUAAAUUCAUUACAAGAAAGAAAUGUUAUUUUACAAGAAAAAGCAUCAUUUUACAAAUAGAAUGCCAUAAUAUUACGAGGGAAAAAGUGUAAUUUUACGACAAUAAAGGCAUGUAUAAAUAUAACUGGGAUAAAGUUAAAAUUUUAUAUCAUCAAGGUUGGGAUUUCUACCAGGAUUAAAUAAUAAAAGAAAAAUGUGUAGUUAAAUUUACCAGAGAAGGCAUCAUUUUAUGAGACUAAAACUGUUAUAUCAUGAUGAAGUAAACUUAAUUUUAUGAAAAUAAAUGUGUACUUUAACGAGAAUAAUGUCGGAAUCCGAGAAUGAAGUCCAACAAAAACAAGACAAAAGUUGUGACAUUACAAGAAUAAAGUAAUAGUACAAUGUGUAAAUUAAAAAAAAAAAAAUUUUAAUAUUAUGAGGAUAAAACAAUUUUACAUAGCGUAAUUUUACACCAAUUAAGUUAUAAUAACAUGCUAAUAGUCGUAAUAUGAGCAUAAAGUCGCAAUGUUAUGAUUUUCUUAUUCCACAAAAAUGUUGUAAUUUGACGCGAAAAGGUGUAAUUUUCCAAAAAUAAAGCCAUAAUAUUAUACCAAUUGUUAUUUUAAUUUUACAAUGAAAUAGUUGUACUUUUCCACAAAACAAAGCAUUAACGUCACAAGAAUAAAGGUGUAAUAUUAUGUGAAAAAUUAAGGUUUGUUCCCAAAAGUUGGAAUUUUACAUCGAGGCUUACUCUGGGCGAGAGGCAGGGGACACCCUGAACUGGUCGCAAGGCAAACGCAGCCAUGAGAAAAUAAUGUGCAAUUUUACAAUAAAAAAAUUGGAAACAUUUCAAGAACUAGAUGGAACUUUUUUUCAUCGUAAUAUAAAGUCAUUUUAUAUGCUGAGUCGGGUUCACUUUAACACACAUUAUCUUUUCGAGCAAUUUUUUUCCUGAUGUUUCCAGAGUAAUGCUAAAGUAAGAGGAAAUGGUAAAAAAAAAACUUUUAUUACGUCAGCUUGGGAGCUGCUUUUCCCCAGAUGUUCCCAAGGUCAUGCUAAGGUAUCACGAAGUGUAAAUUAUUUUUUAUUACAUUAGCUUGUGAACUGCUUUUUCCCUGAUGUUUCCAAACUAAGAAAGCCAAAAGUGUAGAAAAACGGUAUUAGCUUGUGAACAGCUUUUUCCCAAUUUUUCCAAGCUCAUGCUAAGCUAACAGGAAGUGUAAAAAAAAGGUGUUACAUUAGCUAGGAACUGCUUUUUCCUGAUGUUUCCAUGCUAAGAAAACCAAUGUUUCCAACCUAAUGCUAAGCUAACAGGAAAUUGUUUAAAAAAAAAAAGAGAAGUCAUCACUCAGCUCGUGUACUGCUUUUCACCAAUGUUUCUAAGGUCAUGCUAAGCUACGCAAACAGGAAUUGGAGAAAAAAGUGACAUUAGCUUGUGAGCUGCUUUUUCCCGAUCUCUCCAUGGUCAUGCUAAGCUAAACUAACCAGAAGUAGAAAAUAUGGGAUUUCCCACAAUGUUGAAAAAGUUUGUUCUUCUAAUGAAUGUGAAGGAUUAGAUGAAGUUACUGGCCACACAACAAACCCACUCCCACUUAAAACGGUGUACAACGAGGGCUAACAAUGUGUUUUGUUUUAUUUUAUUUUAUUUUAUUUUUGAAAUUGGUGGUGUGUCUAAGAGGCCAAACACAAGUCACUGAGUGUAUGUGAGUGUGUGUGUCAAGGGGGGCUCAAAUCUAUGAAUAAAAAAAGUCCAACAAGU